AUGGUUGUGAGGAUUCUGACAGACAGCCUGGCUCUAGGCAGCCAUUGCAAGCAGUGCCCCACAGAAGAGUCACUGGCAACAGAACCAGGGGACAUGGGAGCAGCAAACAUGAUCACCAUCCAAUGCAUUUAUGUGGUCUUCCUGGUAGGUGUGGUGGGCAAUCCACUGGUCAUCUUCGUCAUCCUCCUCUAUGUCAAGAUGAAUAUAGCCACCAACAUCUACCUGCUGAACCUGGCCAUCACUGAUGAGCUCUUCAUGCUAAGCUUACCCUUCAUGGUGUUGGCUUCCCUGUGCCACUGGCCUUUUGGGCCGGCCCGUGGAGUGCUCAGCAUAGAUGCCCUUAACAUGUUCAUCAGUGUCUUCUGUCUUAAUGCUCAAAUAAGACCUACACUGCUCACAGCCACAUACCAUCAAUCCAGUAUGGUCAAGCUAAUUAAUUUGGGUGUGUGGCUGUCUUCAUUGCUUGUGACCCUGACCAUUACCAUCUUCCUGGAUGCCAGGCCAGCCCAGAGAAACCUGGCUUUGGCCUGGUACCUGCACUGGUCACACUCAGCCUGGUGGGUGGUCUUCGUUGUCUAUACUUUCCUAUUGGGCUUGCUGUUGCUGGGCCUGGCCAUCAGCCUGUGCUACCUGCUUAUCAUGUAUAAGAUGAUGGCAGUGGCACUAAGGGCUGCCUGGCAGCAGCAGAGAUGCUCAGAGAAGAAUAUAUGGCUGGUGCUGAUGGUGGUGGCUGUCUUUGUGCUCUGCUGGAUGUCUUUCUAUGUGGGGUAGCUACUAAAAGUUGACCAGCCUGAUGUUACCAUCAACUGUAUGUCCCUCAUCCUCAACUAUGCCAACAGCUGUGCCAAUCCCUUCUUCUAUGGCUUCUUCCCUGACAAUUUCUGCCAUUCUUCCCAGCAAGUUCUGUACCUGUGCUGCUGCCUCCUGGAUCCUGCUGGCAGUUCUGAGGAAGAGCAACUGGACUACAAUGCCACUGCUCUCUAGAGCAGAGGUGGGCCAGAAUGUAUAUGUUCCCCACUCCCCUGCCAGCAUAAUCUGCAACCAAAACCCAGUUACGAGCAGGUGACCUUCACCAGCACCAUCACCUUCUGA